AUGCAGNCAUCCCACCUCACAGCAAUCAUCUGCUUGCUAGCCUUCUUGACGGCUCUCAUCUUCACCCUGGGUUCGGGGAACUACUGGGUGGAGGUAUUUAACGGCUACGUGGGCUCCGUACCUCUCCUCGUAAUCGCGUUCUUUGAGAUCACUGCUGUCGCUUAUGGUCGUGGAAUGAAAACGUUCAGUGAAGACAUCUAUUUUAUGACGGGGAAGAGGCCCAACAUCUUCUGGAAGGCCUGCUGGAUGGUGAUCAGUCCGUUGAUGCUCCUGGUGGUGUUUGUUGCCUACGUGGCCAUCCAGGCACAGACGCGCCCCUCAUAUCCCUCAUGGGACCCAGACUAUGAACUAUUCCCACUAACUAAACUGUUGAAAUAUCCAGACUGGGUGUUUGCCAUAAUCAUCCUCCUGUGUGUUCUGCCUGUGAUUUCCAUCCCGGUGGUGGCUCUCUACAAACUAAUCUGCUGCAGAAUUAAGAAGUCCUCUGCUCGAGGUGAACUAAACCCCUACUGCAAUGACAGCUUUGAGGUUGAAACACGGGAACAGAAGAGCUAGACACCUUAAAGAAAGAUGCAGAAGUACCAGCAAAAAGGGACAUCAUGAUCAUCGUCACUGCUUUUGUGGAAUUUGUAUCUAAAUUCACUGGAGAGCUGAAAUAAUGUCAUUCAAACCUGUAAUAUAUUGAUUUUAAGUAUUAACAUUCAUCAGGAACCGACCUGAAAACGUACUUCUCACAACAAAACUGGAAAUAUUUAAUGAUACAAUUAUUUACUUUGUGUAUUGUAAAAAACAUUAAAUCUCUA